CGUCGAGUAAAAAAAUGGCGUCGGUAAGGCACAGAGAAGUCCGAGCCGAUCGCCUCACCGCCCGUAAACACGUCCGCUACGGACACCGCGAGGACUAAUAGAGCGGUGGGCGCUGACGGGUGUCGUUUCUGCGGGUAUUUUAGGGAUGUUGGUACGUCUGUCUAGCUUUAUUACUGCUUAUUUUGGGCCAGAGAGUCGCCACUGCCUCGGGAAAGCUCAUUAGCUUCAAGUUGGCUAGUCGUGUAGCUUCAUCUUCCAGCAGACUUCACACUCUUGGAUUCUUUCCUUCUAUUUAACUCCUUUUCCCGCCUACCGACACCACCAAUUAUGCGUCAACUGGAUUAAAAAAAUUAAAAAAAAGUCACUUGUAGCGCUGGAGUGAUAGAAAGGGGGCCAGUCUGGCAUUGCGACAUUGUCGAGCCGGAGUCACUUGGCCGUCAUGUAUUUCCUCACCGGCUGGCCACGGAGGCUGCUUUGUCCGCUGCGGAGUGCCGAGGAGCCCUUCCACAUCCAGCCCAGCUCGCAGCGGUUCUACUUCGCUCUGCUUUCCGACACGCAGCUCAGCAUCUGGUUCAGUCGGCCCAGUGUUUUGAUUGUGAGCUACAUUGACUCUGCCAAGGCAAUAGCACAGUUUGGCUUCUACCAGAGGGCAGAAUGGAAACCCGACGACUCCAUGAUUGCCGUGGCGACCGCCAAAGGCUAUAUCCUCCUGUUCUCUGUGCUCGGCGGUGGGGAUGACAAGUACCUCUACGAGCCAGUCUACCCAAAAGGGAGCCCUCGCGUGAAGGUAACACCGGGUUUGAAGGAGGAGCAGUGUGCCCCUGCUUUGUCACUCGAGAUAAAGAAGCCUGUUGAUCUGGAGGCCCCCAUCACCAGUCUACAGUCCCUCCAUGAUGAGCUGCUGGUGUGCACGGCAGACGGCUACCUCCACGUGUUGCACUGGGACGGGCUCGGCGGCAACGGACGCAAGGCCAUCUGCCUCACCACCAUCCCCUUCUCUCUAGACCUCCAGUCUGCUCGAGGUGGCCCGUCCCUGGACUUGGAAGGUGUUCAUAUCCGCUGCAUGGAGUACUGCGAGACCCUGGACGGCUUUGCUGUGGUACUGAGUGAUGGACGCCUGGGCUUCAUCACGCCCCUAAGCAGCAGCAUCACUGCGGAUCAACUGCAGGGCGUCUGGGCCGCAGAUGUGAGCGAUGGCACAUGCCUGGCCGUCAACAACAAGUACAGACUGAUGGCCUUUGGGUGCGCAAGCGGCUCAGUGCUGGUCUACAUGAUUGACACCGCAACCGGAUCCAUGCAGCUCUCCCACAAGCUGGAGCUCACCCCAAAACACUACCCAGACAUCUACAACAAGACGGGUCCGGUCAAGCUCAUAUGCUGGUCCCCCGACUAUAGCGUCGCCAUGGUUACGUGGGAGUGUGGCGGCCUGUCGCUGUGGAGCGUCUUUGGAGCUCAACUCAUCUGCACGCUCGGAGAGGACUUUGCGUAUCGCUCCGAUGGCACCAAGAAGGAUCCCCUUAAAAUCAGCUCUAUGAGCUGGGGUGCAGAGGGCUACCAUCUGUGGGUGCUGCACACCAAACGCGUAAAGAUUAAGCAGGAGGAGGCGCAGCAAGAAGAGGAGACCGUGUCACCUCCACCAUCUUCCCAGCAGGCGGGCAUCCUACAGUUCCACUUCAUUAAAAGCGCCCUCACGGUCAACCCGUGCACGAGUAACCAGGAGCAAGUGCUGCUGCAUGGCGAGGACCGCCUUUACCUGACCUGCGGCGACCCGGCGCAGGCGCACAACAGCUCUGAGACGCAACAGCACUCACGCUUGCACCUGCACGACGGCAGCCCACCGCACCACCACCACCACCCGGACUCCUCACUCUCUCAGGGACUCAGCACUUUACUGGGACACAAGCACUGGCAUGUGGUCCAGAUUCAUAGCACAUACCUCGAGAGUAACUGGCCUAUACGGUUUGCAGCCAUCAACACAGCUGGGCAGUGCAUGGCUGUUGCAGGGCGACGUGGCUUUGCACACUACUCUUUGUUUACAAGGAAGUGGAAACUCUUUGGAAACAUCACUCAGGAGCAGAACAUGACGGUGACAGGUGGUCUGGCGUGGUGGAACGACUUUGUGGUGGUGGCCUGUUACAAUUUCAUAGACCAGCAAGAGGAGCUGAGGCUGUAUCAGCGCUCGUCCAACCUGGACAACGCCUUCGCCUCGGUCACCAAGCUGCAAUCCGACACGCUGCUGCUCAACGUUUUUCGAGACAUGGUCAUCUUGUUCAGAGCCGACUGCUCCAUCUGCCUCUAUAGCAUAGAGAGGAGGAGCGACGGUCCAAAACCGACCGUCAGUGUGGAGCUGCUGCAGGAAGUCUCCAUGUCGCGCUACAUCCCUCAUCCUGCUUUGGUGGUCUCUGUCACGCUCACAUCAGUGCGCACGGAGACUGGCAUCACGCUGAAAGCCCCGCAGCAGGCCUGCAUGGCAGAGAGCAUCAUGUUGAAUCUAGCUGGUCAGUUAAUAAUGCUACAGAGGGAUCGUUCAGGACCGCAGGUACGGGAGAAGGAGACCCCCGCCAACAGCAAGAAGCUGCUACCCUUCUGCCCCCCGGUGGUCCUCGCCCAGUGCGUGGAGAACGUCUGGACCACCUGCCGCUCGGACAGGAAAAAGCGCCACCUCCUGGAGGCCCUUUGGCUCUCCUGCGGCGAGGCGGGCAUGAAGGUGUGGAUGCCGCUCUUCCCCCGUGACCACCGCAAGCCCCACUCCUUCCUCUCCAGGCGCAUCAUGUUGCCCUUUUACAUCAACAUCUACCCGCUGGCCGUGCUGUUCGAGGACGCCCUGGUGCUUGGCGCCACCAACGAGACGGUGCUGUACGACGGGAUGCAAGGUUCCUCGGAGCCACUGGAGGCGCUGUUUCCUUUCUGCACCGUGGAGAGGACUUCGCAGAUUUACCUGCAUCACAUCCUGAGACAACUGCUGGUUCGCAAUCUGGGGGAACAGGCUUUGAUGCUGGCCCAAUCGUGCGCCUCCCUCCCUUACUUCCCUCACGUCAUGGAGCUCAUGGUCCACGUGGUCCUGGAGGAGGAGGCCACCUCUCGGGAGCCCAUCCCUGACCCACUGCUGCCCACUGUGGCCAAGUUCAUCACCGAGUUCCCGCUUUUCCUCCAGACCAUCGUGCACUGCGCCCGCAAGACGGAGUACGCCCUGUGGAACUACCUGUUUGCCGCCGUGGGGAACCCCAAGGAUCUGUUCGAGGAGUGCCUAAUGGCUCAAGAUCUGGACACGGCGGCCUCCUACUUGAUCAUCCUGCAGAACAUGGAGGUUCCGGCCGUGAGCAGACAGCACGCCACGCUGCUCUUCAACACGGCGCUCGAGCAGAGCAAGUGGGACCUCUGUCGUCACAUGAUCCGCUUCCUGAAAGCCAUUGGCUCGGGGGAAACGGAGACUCCGCCCCCAACCCCCACCACACAGGAGCCCAGCUCUACCGGCGGCUUCGAGUUCUUCCGGAAUCGCAGCAUCAGUUUGUCUCAGUCUGCAGAUUCCGUCACGGUGGGCAAGUUCAGCCUGCAGAAGACCUUCAGCAUGCCAACUGGGCCUUCAAGUAAAGGGCGUGACGGCGAAUGCGCGGAGAACAUGUACAUUGACAUGAUGCUCUGGCGCCACGCACGCCGCCUCCUGGAGCAGGUCCGCCUCCGAGACCUGGGCUGCUUCUCCGCACAACUGGGAUUUGAGCUCAUCGGUUGGCUGUGCCGCGAGAGGAAUCGCGUGGCCCGCGUCGACGAUUAUGUCCUGGCCCUGAAGAGACUCCACAAGGACUUCCUGUGGCCUUUCCCGGUCAUUUCCAUGGGGAACGUCAGCUCGCCGCUGAAGAACGGACGCUGCCGUCCAGUGCUGAGCACACGGCUCCUCAAAUCCCAGUCGGCUGACAGCCUGCUGCACAUGGACACAGCUCCCCCGCCGCCGGGCCCCAGCAGCCACACCUGGAUGGACGGCCUCAGCCAGAGGAGCAAAGACAUGGACGCCGGCUCGUCCGCUAACUCCAACCGGCACUCCCCGCAGACGCACGACGCCUUCCUGUCGCUCCUCACCAACAAAGUUGAGGAGUACAGCAUCGGCUCAGCCACAGACCUGACAGAGAGCAGCUCGGUGGUGGACGGCGACUGGACGAUGGUGGACGAGAACUCUUCCACGCUGAGUCUGAGCCAGGCCGAGCUGGAGCACAUCUCCAUGGAGCUGGCCAACAAAGGGCCGCACAAGUCUCAGGUGCAGCUCAGGUACCUCCUGCACGUCUUCAUGGAGGCCGGCUGCUUGGAGUGGUGCGUUGUCAUCGGUUUGAUCCUGCGAGAAGCAAACGUCAUCAAGCAGGUCAUUGGUUUCCUUGACAGUCCUGAAGUUCCUGCGGAAACCACACAGAGCAUACGAAGUGGCCUGUUGUCUAUUGACACGUGGGCCUCCACUGACUGCCUGGGCUACAAACCCUUCCUCAGCCUGAUCCAGCCUCAUCUUCAGCAGCUCAUGAUGGCCUCCAUGGCGUCCGAGCAGGUGCAGCCCGAAGCCUUCCAGCCUUCCGCCUGCCAGAGCUCCAAGCUCGGCGCCGCGGAAGGAGGCCCGGGAGGCUCCGCGUCGGCUCGGCCCGAAGACAGCCGGUGCGCCGCCGCUCCCCUCGGACUGCUGGCGCUCCCGUCGCUGGAGCCCGCCGGUGGGUUUUUGAGGGCGGCCCCCACCGAGGACCACCGGUCCCCGGAUCAGACAGAGGAAUUUGGCGAAGAGGAGGGGACCUAUGACUGCACCUUAUCUUGAACCACCACCACUCCUGGAGACCCUGGCUGGAUGCUUGAAAAUACACCAAGUGUGUGAGUGUGUGAGUGUGUGAGUGUGUGUGUGUGUGUGUGUGUGUGUGUGUGUGUGUGUGUGUGUGUGUGUGUGUGUGUGUGUGUGUGUGUGUGUGUGUGUGUGUGUGUGUGUGUGUGUGUGUGUGUGUGUUCUUGGACACCUUGGUAGGGACAGGUUAUUUUGUGGGGACUUUUGUUAGACCUCAUAUGGAAAAUGCUGUGUGUGUGUGUGUGUGUGUGUGUGUGUGUUGUCUUCUUAGGGACGUUUUUUUGUGUGGAGACAUUUCAAGCAGUCCACUUAAGGAGAAUAUGACAAUGAGCUCAGAGUGUGUGUGUUGUCUUUGUAAGGCAACUUUUGAUCUCCCACCUUUUGUGAGGAAAUUUUGGAUGAUUCACUUGAGAAAACGGUACGUGUGUGUUUUGUGUUCUUUUGAAAGGUAAUUUUUGACAUCCCACCAUUGUGCUGACAUUAUUUUGGAGUGGGGUGUUAGGCGGUGUGUGUUGUCUUUGUGGGGAAAUCAUUCUCUGCCAGGACUUUUUGGCUAGUCUGCACAAAGAAAAUGCUGGGAAUGUGUGUGUGUGUGUGUGUUGUCUUGUCUUUGUGUGGCAACUUUUGUCAUCCCACCCUUUUGAGACAAUUUUUUCCCUUUUGGGGACAUUUUGACUUGUCCACUAAAGGUAAAAUGCGACAAGUAUGCGCUCUUGUGAGGCGUCCUUUUCCAGCCCGACUUUGUGAGGACUGUUAUUGGCUGUGGGGACAAUUUUUGUAGUGGACAUUUUGGCUUUUCUCUGUCUCUCUUUGUAUUUUAUUAAGUUGUUUGUUUGUUUGUGGUAGUUUUUUUUAUUUUUAUUGUGGACAUUUUGGCUUGUCCACAUGGAAAAUGCUAUUUGUGUGAGUGCGUGCAUGUGUGUGUGUGUGUGUGCCACUCAGUAUUACAUCCACCCUGCUUUGCAUAGCAGGAGGAAUUUCAGUCUUGACGGCUAAUCUAUUUUUUUUUAAGGACAAAAAAAAAAAAAAGUGCCGUUACAGACAAAGAAAAAUUUCUUCUUUUUUUUUUCUCGCACUUUGUAUUUUUGGACAAGAAAAAAAAACGUGCGAGCCGUGCAUUGAGGAGACGUUUGAUACUUUCAUACCUCAUAUGGUUUUAAACGUAUUAUUUUUUCAAUGACACAAUACGACGCUAUUUUUUUACACAAGAAAAUCGUGCUAUGAAUUCUUUAAAAAAGAUUUCUACAAUUUCAUUUCCCACAAUGCAUUGCUGGACAGCUUUUUUUUUUUUUUUUUUUUUUUUUUUUUUUUUAAAUAUACCACGUUGUAUUGAGCAUGCAAUGACUUUUUAUUGUACUGGUCAACAUUAAUGUUAUUAUUAGGGUUAUUUAUUGGACUUAUAGCAUCAUUUCCUAAUUCAAUAGCUUGUUUUCAAUGUGCCGCGACACACUUUUAUUUGAGAAAAAAAGUUCAUCCAGGUGGUAUAAAAGCGUCAGUAUUAUCUUGUGCAAUGUAUUGAAAUGUUACUCUGCUUUGUCUGUUUCCCUGCCAGCCCCUUUGCUUUAUUCUUUCUUUUUUUUUUUUUUAUCGACCAAAAUGCAAAAUUGUGAGUGUGGGAUUCAAAACGUUUGUCAUGUUAGAUGCUGGGAGAAACGGUAACUUGAUGAACCAAAGACUUUUUAAGUCCGGUGGCCUUCUGUUUUUAUGAUUAUUAUUAUUAAUAUAAAAAAAAAAAAACUCGCAUUGCUGUCAAUGACACUAAGAACUAACUCACCGGACACAACAUUAGGUACACCUGCAUCUCCAAAGCUCGCUCUGAGCAUCGUUAGACGGCACAGGUGUACCUAAUGAUGCGACUUGAGGUACUCUGGCGUUCAUCCAACAUGGACGCCGCAGCCCGCCACCAUCCCAAUGCAAUGUGUACAGUUGUAAAGCAGCACAUCCUCAUCACGCUGUGGAAACAAAACACGCUCUCUUGUACAUUUUUUCUACUCAUUUUUUCCUCGCUUGUACAUACAGACCAAUAAAUUAUUUUUUAAAGAAAGGUGCUCUCAAACUCAAGUGUUCAUGUUUUGGUAAACAACACCUGUCAUUUCCAGACAACGCCUUUGUAGUGUCUGAAGUCUUCAAAAUGUGUACUUUUUCAUCAUUGUCAUCCAAUGACAAGCAGACAUCGUUUCUUCUUCUUUUUUUGAUUAAAGUUCAGAUUUGGCUUUAAAAACAAAGGGCAUUAAUUAGCCUUUCCUCUAUCCCAGGGGUGUCGAACCCGGUGACACUGAGGGCCACAUUGCAGUUGUGGCUGCCCUAAAAUGGCCGCUUGUAACCGU